CCCGCAUUCAGCACACCUCCCUUAUUUCCUAGCUUUCCUAUAUUAAGUCUCCCUGCCUGCAGCUUUUCUACUUCUCCCCCUUAUUCCUCACAGCUUUCUCUUCAUUUCAACACACCAAGAGUAUCUAGCUUCACCUCCAUCAUGCGUUACUCAACUUUCCUCCCAGUCCUCGCUGCCAGCUUGGCUGCAGCUGCUCCGAUCGAAGAGCGUGCUACUGUCGAGGACUACAACCCACCUCCAGGAGGAGAUGUCACCAUCCUCAACUAUGCUCUUACUCUCGAGUACCUCGAGCGUAAGUUCUACAUGGAGGGUCUUGCCAACUACACCCAAGCAGAUUUCAUCGCUGCUGGCUUUCCCGAUCCCUUCUAUGACAACCUGAAGGAGAUCUACUUUGAUGAAGAGACCCACGUCAGCUUCCUCGCUGGUGCUCUAGGAGCAGCCGCUGUCCACGAAGCUACCUACUCCUUCCCAUCAACAGACGCUGCAUCCUUCGUAGCUCUCUCCUCCGUCCUCGAAGGAGUCGGUGUGUCUGCCUACCUUGGCGCUGCCGCCGAAAUCGUAGACAAGUCCUACCUCACAGUCGCCGGCUCCAUCCUCACUGUCGAAUCCCGUCACUCCUCCUACAUCCGCGCCGCCCUCAAGGAAUCUCCCUUCCCAAAGCCUUUCGACACCCCUCUCGACUUCAACCAAGUCUUCUCCCUGGCCGCGGAAUUCAUCACCGGCUUCGCGCCCGGCGACCCCGCUCUCCCAUUCAUGGCCUUCCCUCCCCUCACCAUCCAAGCUAGCCAGUAUCCCUACACGGCCGGCUCCUCGCCCGUUACGUUCACGCACGCCUACAAGAACGCCAUGUCCGCUGGCUUGAUCACUAGCUCUACUCCCGUCUACGCAGUCUUCUUCUCGGGACUCGAUACUUACUACGUCCUAACCAGAAUGACGGCAGGCAACAGCGGUGAUCUGAAGAUCGAUAUGAUCCCUGCUGGCAUGGCGGGCAUGUUGCCUCCUACCGGACAGGUGUAUGUUGUGCUUAGCACGGCGGAUGGGAAUAGCACUAAGGUCUCGGAUGAGAAUACUAUUUCUGGCGUGGGCAUUUUGGAGGUUAGUCCUCCUGGAGAUAGAAAUAUCUUUUAAGAGAGUGGAAGGUGUGGUGGGUG